AUGAUGGUACAGUCCCAAAAUAUAGACCUGGGAGGCCCAGGCCUGGCCAAAACGAAGAAAGGAGCCCGCAAGAAACAAGCAGACGCAUUCAUCCCCCCGCGAGGAGUGCUUCCCGACGGAACUGCUGUGGAUUUUGGCCACUCAGAUAAAAACAAGUCCAAGCAACAGCAAACACAGAAAAAGGCUCAGUCGGACAAGGCAUCCAAAGGACCGAAACAGAACGCAGUCGUGGAGUCCACCACGAACGAUCUUAAACAUCUGUUGCUGGACUCGUCGCAAUCGCUGCCUGAUGGCCAGAAACCAGAUUUUGGCGGGCGUACGAAGAAGAAGACCCGCGAUAACCACAAACAGCAGUCCACUGCAUCCAAUAGAAACUCAGGAGCUACGAAUUUGCCAUCUAGUGCCGACUCGUACCUCAAAAAGUCCCCCCGUUCCCAGUCCUCGACGUCGAUGUCCCCCCUCUCCUCCUCCACUCCAGUCUACGCAGGCUCCUCCUUCCACAGUGCGCCUUCCACACUCUCCCUUCCCAAACCCUCUUUCCUCAAGAAAUGA